UCUGAAAUGGAUGUUACAUGAAUCACUUUAAGGGCUGCAUACAACUAUGAACAUUUCUGAAGCUUUCCCUCAGUAAACGAUCAAGAUGGAUGAAUCUGCCUUGUUGGAUCUUCUGGAGUGUCCUGUGUGUCUAGAGCGGCUGGAUGCUUCUGCCAAGGUUUUGCCUUGCCAGCACACGUUUUGCAAACGGUGUUUGCUGGGGAUCGUAGGUUCCCGAAAUGAACUCAGAUGUCCCGAGUGCAGGACUCUGGUUGGCUCCGGCGUCGAGGAGCUUCCAAGUAACAUCCUGCUGGUCAGACUUCUGGAUGGUAUCAAGCAGAGGCCUUGGAAGCCUGGCCCUGGUGGGGGCAGUGGGACGAACUGCACCAGUGCAUUGAGAGUCCAGAGCAGCUCGGUGGCUAACUGCAGCUCGAAAGAUCUGCCGAGCUCCCAGGGUGGACAGCAGCAGCGUGUGCAAGCCUGGAGCCCCCCAGUGAGGGGUAUACCUCAGUUACCAUGUGCCAAAGCAUUAUACAACUACGAAGGGAAAGAGCCUGGAGACCUUAAAUUCAGCAAAGGUGACAUCAUCAUUCUGCGGCGACAAGUGGAUGAAAAUUGGUACCACGGGGAAGUCAACGGGAUCCAUGGAUUUUUCCCCACCAACUUUGUGCAGAUUAUCAAACCGUUACCUCAGCCCCCACCUCAGUGCAAAGCACUUUAUGACUUUGAGGUGAAAGACAAGGAAGCAGACAAAGAUUGCCUUCCAUUUGCAAAGGAUGAUGUUCUGACUGUGAUCCGCAGAGUGGAUGAAAACUGGGCUGAAGGAAUGCUGGCAGACAAAAUAGGAAUAUUUCCAAUUUCAUAUGUCGAGUUUAACUCGGCCGCUAAGCAGCUGAUAGAAUGGGAUAAGCCUCCUGGGCCAGGAGCUGAUGCUGGAGAAGGCACCUCGGCAGCAGCUCAGGGCAGCACUGUCUCAAAGCACUCCGACACCAAGAAGAACACCAAAAAGCGGCACUCCUUCACGUCCCUCACCAUGGCCAACAAAUCCUCCCAGGCGUCCCAGAACCGCCACUCCAUGGAGAUCAGCCCCCCUGUCCUCAUCAGCUCCAGCAACCCCACGGCCGCCGCGCGGAUCAGCGAACUGUCCGGGCUCUCCUGCAGCGCCCCUUCUCAGGUUCAUAUAAGUACCACCGGGUUAAUUGUGACCCCACCCCCAAGCAGCCCAGUGACAACUGGCCCUUCGUUCACAUUCCCAUCAGAUGUCCCCUACACAGCUGCACUUGGAACUAUGAACCCUCCUCUGCCCCCGCCCCCUCUCCUGGUCUCCACACCGCCUGGCGCUGCUGCUGCUGCUGCUGCUGGAACAGGACCCAGGCCCACAGCGGGGCCCACUGACCAGAUUGCACAUUUACGACCUCAGACUCGCCCCAGCGUGUAUGUUGCUAUAUAUCCAUACACUCCCCGGAAAGAGGAUGAGCUGGAGCUGAGGAAAGGGGAGAUGUUUUUAGUGUUUGAACGUUGCCAGGAUGGCUGGUUCAAAGGGACAUCGAUGCAUACCAGCAAGAUCGGGGUUUUCCCUGGUAAUUAUGUGGCACCCGUCACAAGGGCGAUGACAAAUGCUUCCCAAGCUAAAGUUCCUGUGUCUACAGCUGGUCAGACAAGUCGGGGGGUGACCAUGGUCAGUCCCUCCACUGCAGGAGGGCCUGCCCAGAAGCUCCAGGGAAAUGGUAUGGCCGGGAGUCCCAAUGUGGUCCCCACAGCAGUGGUGUCAGCAGCUCACAUGCACACGAGUCCUCAGGCUAAGGUCUUGUUGAACAUGACGGGGCAGAUGACGGUCAACCAGGCCCGCAAUGCUGUGAGGACAGUUUUGGCACACAACCAAGAACGCCCUACGGCAGCGGUGACGCCCAUCCAAGUACAGAAUGCCAGCGGGCUAGGCCCUGCGUCUGUGGGCCUGCCCCAUCACCCCUUGGCCUCCCCACAGCCUCCACCUCCGAUGGCUGCCAUCAAUAUGGGUCGAGCCAGCGCCCCCUUAGCCUGUGCUGCAGCAGCUUCAAUCACCUCCCCCAGCCUCACCUCCACCUCCCUGGAGACGGAGCCCAGCAGCCAGAUAAUGGCCAUUCUCUCUGGACUUCCCACCUCUCCUGACAGCGCUUCAUCAGCUUGUGGGAACAGUUCAGCAGCCAAACCAGACAAAGAUAGUAAAAAAGAAAGAAAGGGUUUGUUGAAGUUGCUUUCUGGCGCCUCCACCAAACGGAAGCCCCGAGUGUCCCCUCCAGCCUCACCCACCCUGGAAGUGGAGCUGGGUGGUGGCGGUGGAGGCUGCAGCGAGUUGCCUCUGCAGGGAGCAGUGGGUCCCGAGCUGCCGCUAGGGGGCGCCCACGGCAGGGCGGGCUCCUGCCCCAUGGAUGGAGAUGGUCCCGCCCAGGCGGUGGCUGUGGGAGCAGCUCUGGCCCAGGAGGUCCUUCAUCGCAAGACUAGCUCCCUGGACUCUGCCGUUCCCAUCGCCCCACCUCCACGACAGCCGUGCUCCUCCCUGGGCUCCGUCAUGAAUGAGUCUAGGCCUGUUGUGUGUGAAAGGCACAGGGUGGUGGUGUCCUAUCCUCCUCAGAGUGAGGCCGAACUUGAACUUAAGGAGGGAGAUAUUGUGUUUGUUCAUAAAAAACGAGAGGACGGCUGGUUCAAAGGCACGUUGCAACGCAACGGAAAAACUGGCCUUUUCCCAGGAAGCUUUGUGGAGAACAUCUGAGGAGACUCACCUUGGGAAGGCUUCAAAUCCUAUCACUCCACAAGAUAGCACAGCGCGAUGUCACAGGGAGAGCACAUCGGUGGACUUCUGGGUGGCCGGGAGACGAGCGGAGGACGGGCGUGUGACCCCAGGGCCCCAACACAUGUAGACCAGCAAGCGGCGUGACGAGAGCGUGGUUGUGGGUUUUGUCACUCUGGAUUCGGAUGUGGAAGGCGUGCCUUGUACUGUCUGAUUGACUACAGAGAAACCUUUUUUUUUUUUUAAAGAUAUAUAGCUAAAAUGGACAUUGUUUACAAGGCUUAACUAAUUUAUUUGCUGUUUUAAACUUGAAUUUUUCUCGUUAUAGAUCAAUUCUUUGGGUUAUGAUUUUAAGGAAUUAUUAAUUUAUGAAAUGAUAGCCAAGGAGAAGCUGGAUUCUCUCCUGUUGAGAGCAAGAGAUUCUUUUUAACAGAGAAUGAACUCCCCCUUCCCCACACCGGUGUUUUUUUUCCUUUUUUUUUUUUUUGCUUUUGCUUUUUCAAGACAGAAAUGCCAGUUCUCUGAUUUGGUUUUCCUCUUCGGGAAACCAAAAUGUGCAACUGAAUCAGUACCAAUAAGGGCCUGGGGUUGGGAGACAGAAACUUGAGAAAAGAGACGUUAACGAUUGCUUGUCUUUCUGGUUUGAUCAGGAAUCGCCUUAAGACCUAGUCCUCGAUUUAAUUUUGUGGGUUUUUUUAAUUUUCCAAGAGUGAAAGCAAUGAAGCGAUAAGGAAGAGUAAAGCACAACCCUUGAACAACAAAAAAAAAUGUAUUCAGAAAUCAAUUUAGUUUUAUAAUGAAGCAGCUCGAUUUCAUUGGUUGGCAAUUGGAAAAUCUGAAGUUGGACUCCUGUCUGAGAAUGGCUGUGAAAUGUUGUGUGCCCGUUUUACCUUAAGUGGUCUGCAUGCCCAGGACACAGUAAAGCGUUUGUGAGAUAGUGGUGGUCCGUGAUGCACUCGUGCGGAAGUCAGUGGCUAUGAGAAACACUGUGAAACGUUUACAUACACCCAUCGUGAGUCCUUUCCCACGUGUGCAUGUGGCUGGGUGGGUUCCCACAGUAAUGUCUGCUGUGCAUGGUCUGUAUAUUUCAUUGCAAUUUCCUGUCGAGGUGAGUUUGUGCUCGGAAUUGACCGAUGCAGGAGCUGGAAAAUAAACAGUACUCUUUUCUCUACCCCAAAGCCACUACUGACCAAUUUCUCUGAGUACACUCCCUCUCUCCCUGGCCAAGGUGUCCGUCAGCCAUGACGCAAGUGAUUAGUGAAAAUGGUCCUUUAUCUGUGCUCCCAGCUGCGGAGGGAUGUCAGGGGUGAGCCAGGAGGCCGCUGCUCUCACUGUUCUCUCGCAGCCCUGGGAGGCUUGGCCGAGGGAGGGUGCCCACACCUUACAAUUGUGGCGGGAUCCAGCUGAGCCUGUCUUUUUAUAUCCGUUCUUUGAUGUCAUCGGCCUCUUCUACCCAUUUCAUUCCCGUGCCACGCAGUCGUGGGGCUGAGUAGUCCUAAAAAACAAAACAAAAGGAGGGAAGACAGCCUGGGAGUGAAUGAAAUCAUUGCCACAGUUUCCUCAUGAGCAAACAAACACAAAAACCUUUUUAUUUCUUACUUUUAAGAAUUACAACUGGGAAAUAGAAACACGAACAGAAAAGUCUUCUUGCAACAGCAGGAGGUUUCAUGGUCUUAAAAAGAUAUACGAUGUGGUUGAAAUGAAAUCAUUCCUAAAUUAACCAUUUUUUUUAUAAGACACUGUACAUUAUGUUCCUGUGUGUUGAAUUUUUUAAAAAAUACUUUACUUGGAUAUUCAUGUAAUAUAUAAAGGUUUGGUGAGAUGAACUUUAGUUAGGAAAAAAAAAGCUGUCAUCAGCUUUCAUCUGUGUAAGUUGACACCAAUGUGUCAUAAUAUUCUUUAUUUUGGGAAAUUAGUGUAUUUUAUAAAAAUUUUAAAAAGUAAAAAGACUACUACAGGUUAAGAUAAUUUUUUUACCUGUCUUUUCUCCAUAUUUUAAGCUAUGUGGUUGAAGUACCUCUGUUAAUAGUUUCCUGGUAUGAAGUUGGUUAAAAUUUCAUCUGUUAAUAGAUCACUUAGAUAAUAUAAUGUAUGGGUUUUUCUAUUGGUUUUGGGGGGCGACAAUAGCUGGAGAUUUUGUAACAAGGGCUUGUUACACGUUGGUAGGGUGAUGAUUAAAUUGCCAUUUAUCAUGUUAAUAAUUUGAAGACUGGAGAAAAGGUUCAAGAUUAAAAUUUGAUGUUCAUCCUUUA